UUCAUUUAAUCUACCAUGUAAAUGUACACUACCUGUAAUCUGUCGCCACGUUUCUGUCCUUCGCCGGUACAAUUUUAUAGCGUUUAAAAAGCAGUCGGUUAAGUACUAACCAUGCAAAAAUAAUCAAGAAACUAACAAGGAUGUCAGGUAUGAUCACAAGGUCACGAGCCGCAGAGGCAUCGAAGAGACAUGAGAUUCUCAGUUAUGAUCAAGAAGAAGAUGUUGUUCAGUUGACGACGAAAAAAGCUACGAUGAACGGUCCCGACAAAGCCAAGAUGAUGGAGGAAAGUAAAGUCAAAAAUGAGGCAAAACCAAAUAUGAGAAAAGAUAGUGGAAGUAUAGCUCUUCUUUUAUUUCUUUACGUUUUACAAGGCAUUCCUUUGGGACUUGCCGGCGCUAUGCCUAUGUUGCUACAAACAAGGAAGAUUGAAUACAAGGACCAAGCUAAGUUUAGUCUGGUGUUUUGGCCUUUUAGUAUGAAGCUCUUGUGGGCUCCUAUCGUAGACACAGCUUAUUUGUCGAGAUUUGGACGAAGGAAGACCUGGCUCGUGCCAGUACAGUACGUGAUUGGAAUCUUUAUGCUCAUUCUUUCCAAGGUGAGAGUAUUAAAAUCGCCUCUCUUUGGGGGGUUUACAUUGGUGACGGGGUUGGUGGUAAGGGUAUUUUUUUUUAUGUAAGCAUUAUAUUUUUUACAUAGCUCAGCAGUUGCUGUUGAACGAGGAGUAUUAAAAGUCGACUACAAUGUGCAUGACUGCCUGAUCCAAUGCUAUUCUAUUGAACAAGAACUUUACAUUGUGCUCAUUACCAUUAGCUUUGGCAUGUGGGAAGUUCAAUGUCUAGUUCACUCUUAAACUUGCCUUUGUGUGGUUCUUUACAUGUAUGUUAAUCAAAUUAAUUGGAAUUUUUGGUAAAAGCCUACUAUUUCUUACUUCAACAAACCCACUAUAUUCCUAAAUACGUUGCUUUGUGGUAACUGUGAAAUCUAAUAUUUUUUUAAUUGGUAUUCUUAACAAUGAUAAUAUGCUAGGCACCCUCAAAUAGUAGAGGAUAUCACAAGAAUGCCUUUCUUAGUUUGACUAUACCAGCAUCAAUACAGAGCUGCAAAUACUAUACAUGUAGCAGUUGAACAUCAGACAAUGUCUGUCGUCUGACAAAUUAUGUCCUUCCACAUGUAAUCGAUCCAAUUUUCCCCAGCAUAAAUUAGCACAUAUAGUACUAAGUCUAAAGGCUACAUGUUUCUGUAAUUAAAAAUUCAUGUUAUUACUAAACAGUAAUAUACUUAUUUAAAUGUCAACAUGAUACAUGUGCGGAAACUUUUGUCUAGGUGAAAUGCUGACAUAUAGUAGCUGGAUAUAAUGUUUUCUUUUAGAGAGAAAAAUUACUUACAGGCGAGCAACCAAUGCACAAGAACAGAAAGUUAACUAUAAAGUCAGUUCUAGUUACUGUUAUUUCUUUCUUUAUGCACUUUAAUAGAGUUCAUUUGUGUCAGGCGCCUUUAACCCAGAGUGAGCAACCCAUGGACCGGUUUAUUUUAGAUAGAUUUUAGAGUACUUUUUCUUAUCAUUGAAAUGGAAGCUCUGCUCUGUCUAUGAGGGCAUACAAAGUAUAAUAUGAAAAUGGAAAUCUAAACAUCAUUAAUAGGUCAAAAAUACGGUUUCCAGGUCUAACGGUUUGCUGACUGGUUUGUAGGACUUACUAUAAUUUAAUUUUUUUUUUCACCAAAAUACAGUGUAAUUGUUCUAAACACAAACUGGUCAGUGAGAACAUUGCACUGACACAAGUAUAAUCUAUUAAAAUUGCUCACUCCUGGUUAUGGGCUUCUCUUUGUGUUGCUACCUUUUUUGUUAACUGUUUUUGCUAUUAUUUUUUAAAUAGCAUCCUUUUUGACUAGACUGCUCCCUUCAAACUUAAUAAGCUUUCCUUAAUUGAAUAUAAUUUUCAUAAGUUCUCAGGUGCUUUUUUUAAAUGAAAUACAGCAGUUUUUACACUUGUUUUGCUCUUUCAGCACAUUGAAGAACUGAUGGGAGAAAACACAGACACAGCUCCAAGCAUCACACUUUUAACUGCUAUCUUCUUCUGUCUCAACUUCCUUGCUGCGACACAAGACAUUGCUGUUGAUGGCUGGGCACUCACAAUGCUGUCUAGAGAAAAUGUUGGUUAUGCAUCAACAUGCAACACUGUAGGCCAGACAGCAGGAUUUUUCAUGGGAAAUGUUGUGUUUCUGGCUCUUAGUUCCGCUGAUUUCAGUAACAAGUAUCUAAGAACUGAGGCCCAGUCUACGGGUGUUGUCACCUACUCAGGAUUUUUCUAUUUUUGGGGAAUUGUUUUUCUUGUUACCACUACAUUAGUUGGAUUUUUUAAACGUGAAAAGUCUGAACAAGAACUUCAUGGUGAGGAAUCGGUGGAAGGGAUUGUUGAUGGCUACAAAACUUUGGUCAAAAUCUUGCGGUGCCCAAGUAUUUUGAAGUUCAUGGUCAUACUUCUCACUUUCAAGGUACAGUAGUUAUAUAUAGACAUUAAAAGUUUUAUGAGUACAGUAGAAAAUGAAUUGAUUUCUAUAGAAAGGGCAAUUCUGUAUAAGAUGCAUGGCCAGUUUGCCAUAAAAAAAAUACUUCUAAGAUGCUUGAAUGUAUGGUAAGAAAAGAAGAUCAGGGCUUGAAAAAAGUCCCUUUUGGUUGUCCUGCGGGACAAUUAGAUUUUCUUGCUGGACGAGAAACCUUGGAAGGUCAUUUACAUCGUAGCCCAAUUGCCAAUGGUCAAGGCGAGUCAUAUCAUUGUAACUGAGUGCUUGGUUUUUGUAGCUGAAGGUUUUGUUUCAAACCUAAGCCAGACCACCAAUCAGGGUCAUCAAAAACUGUUCAGAUCAUGCUGCCUGUGGUCAUCUGUCUCUCUUUUGGGCAGUGAUACUAACCAUUGCUGACUGGACAUGCUUCCUUCACAUGUCUACAGGAGUAAUUUCUCAUGCUAAUUUUGUUGAUUUUUAUUCUGGAAAAUCAUGAUGACAUUCAAACACCAUCUGAAGAAACCACAACAUGUUUUAUUAAGGGCAGAGAAUAUACACAUGUACAUUAUCUUAUGAUGAACAGGAAAAUUACCAAGACAUUAACACUUUGUGCUCAUGAAACUGUUUGGCAUAUCCUCACAGUGUUAGUAUUCAACAUUCUUUUAUCUUCUCUACUUAGAUUGGUUUUGCUGCCGCUGACUCAGUAACUGGAUUAAAGCUGAUUGAAGCAGGAGUUCCUAAAGAGAAUCUUGCUCUACUUGCCAUCCCCAUGGUUCCAAUCCAGAUUUUGUUACCAGUUUAUAUAAGCAGAUAUACUGCAGGUGGGCAUUUUUUGCAUUUUAUGAAUAAUAUGACAUGACUCAGGGAGACAUUGCAAUCAGGGCUUCUGAUGUUUCGCGCGGUCGCGGAGCCGCGAAAUUCAGGUAAAUCCGCAAAAUCCUGCGAAAUUCACAAACACAUGCAAAAUACCGCGAAAUUCGGUAGAAAUCUUAUCAAAUACAUGUCUGUACAGCAAUUUUGAAACUUGUCUCAGCUACUGGGGGUAUGUACUUGCCGUAAGCUCGCAAAUUUAUGUCAAAACUUCGUCACUGAAACGUGCAAACAACGUUCCGAAACUACCAGGCGUAGAUUAUGUUGCGAAAAACUGGGCACUAGCCAUGAUGUUAAAGGCUUUGCCAUUGGUUCAUUUCUAGAGCGUAUUGUUAUUGAAAGAGCUAAUGAUGUCCUCUGUUAGAAAAACAUUAAAAACGCUGGUCUGAUCAGUGCAAAACCGAUCGAUUUCUUGCGAAAUUUGCCCUGAAAAUAACCACAAAAUCCGCCGUUUGUUUACCGAUUGCUUUCCGGCCAAGUUUGCCGUGAAAAUUCCCGCGAAAUUCCCGCGAAAUCAACCAAUUUUUCUGCGAUUUUGUCCCCAAAAAUCUCGCGAAAUUUGACUUUUUUUUUCCGCGAAUUAUCAGAAGCCCUGUGCAAUGCAUGUGUGUUGCAACUGUAGAAUACAGUGAAGGAUUUAUGCUAAAAUCCUUAUACAUGUACAAGAGGCCUUCUGAUAGGAUGCGUUAAAAAAAUCAGAAAUACAUGUAAUGUGGCAUUUUCUACGUAGAUUGUGUGAUAAAAAAAGGUUUUUUUUGUGCAGGGAAAAUUGUGGUAAAUACACCUUAAAUAACAUUAAGAUUGGGAAAAUGUUUAAUUUAAGUUAGAAUUCGUUGUUUACUUUACUUGAAUGUGGCAUUUUUUUUCACAAAUUAUGCGAUUUUCCUCAAAUUGUGCGAUCUGAUAUGAUUUGAGGUCAAUCGUGUGAAAUCGCACCAUUGCGUAAUAUCAGAUGGCCUGUUUUGAGAACAAAAAUAAAUUUAUGUACACUGUACAUUAUCUUUAUAAGAAACUACAACAUACGUUGUCUCUGUCUUCAUUUACAUGUACAAAUAGGGGAACAAAAAGUGCCAAUGUUUUUCCAGAUGGGAUAAUAAAAUGCGUAGCAUCAUCCUUUCUCAGGGCUGUCAUUAAGAUCAUGAGGCCAGGGACCAGGGAAUUUUUAACAUGACCACCAGCUACUUUUGUAGGAGACAAAAAGAAAAUAGAACCGUUAAAAGAACUGGAUCAAUUUAGGUUUCGGGAAACUGCCCACCUACCCCUCCCCUAAGCCAUAAUUUUGCCUUAAUUGAGAAGUAAGACUUAGUGUUAAUGUUAGCCUAGGGAAGGGGUAGGAGGGGAGUUUCCCAGAAACUUAAAUUGAUCCAAAUACCCCCCCCCCUCCAACUUUUAAAAUCCCAACCUACUGUAUGCCCAGCUGUAAGUGAAGCUACAGAGCAACAUGAAGUUUUAUUGUCAGUGGUGCUUUCUAGCUGAUUUUCCAGCCGUUUUUCUCUGUAUGGUUCAAUUCAAAUUGAACCAGUUCUAUGUAAGGUGAAAUUCAAAUGUCUGCUGCGAAGGGCAAAAUUUGUGGUCAAAAUCCCCAGAGAGGGGACAAGGAAAGUGUUCAAAUACCUGCACCUAUUCCCGUAUCCCACCUCUCCAUCUAAAAAUUGAUACAACAUUGUAGCUGCAUAAAAGCAAGGUGGUCUAGCUGUAUGUACAGUCACAUAAAUGGUGUAUCUUAAGGUCUCUACUUUUACAAACCUCUGUGUAGCAGAUAGUGCCCCUCUUUAAUGUUCAUUUGUAAUUUAGGAGCUACAGCGUGAACCUGUCAUGUAAAAGUUCCACCUCCUCAGCACUUUCAUUUACAAAAUGUUGUCUAUUCCUACUAUAGGUCCACGGCCCUUAGAUGUGUUCCUCAAGGCCAUGCCCUACAGAUUGUUCAUGGGUGUUAUCUUCAUGGUGUGUGUUUGGUGGGCCAGCAUUGUCCGUGGUCCCAGCCAGGAAUUCUUCCCUAUUUAUUUUUAUGUCACGAUAUUAUUGGUUUAUGCAGUUCACCAGGUAAAAAUGAUAAUUAUAAACCUCUUGGUAUACAAGUUUAAGUUUGGUACUGUAAGUCACAGACCAAGUUUCUCCUGAUAGAUUUAUGGCCGAGUGCAAAGAAUACAGGCCAAAAAUCUGGAGGCGAAAGUGGUUCAGUAGUUACAUGUAACAGUGAGAUGUUUGCUUAUAUCUCUGAUAGUACAUUCUACAGCUGUAGGUUUAUCCAGAAGCUGUAAAAACCGGCAAAAAUCACCAUCUAGUUGACAUAAAGGUGCAGGCUACUCACAGAAAAGUUUUCAAGUGAAACAAUCAAUCCAUCAUAUUUCAUCUUAUUUUUGGUUCCUAGCACUUUUGUGUCAUCUUCAUGGCUAAAUUUCUUUCCCUGGCCACUCAAAAUGCACUGAAAUGCACUUUUCAGGACCCGUUAAAUGAAAAAUUCAAAAUGGACUCCUUCAGUAAAGGGUGGGUACCCCCUUCCCAUACCUAAACUGUACCCCUGCACACAGUUCUGUCCCUUGGAAGACGCUCCUUUCAAUCCCUCUUUGUUUAAUUCAAAUUUUCUGACAAACCCUGCUGGGAGUUAAACUUCUCCCAAAAAGAACACAAGAAAUCCAGAAGAGAGUACACUACUAGGGUGCAAAGAAAGUCAGUUUUACAGCCUGCCAUUCGGGCAAGCUGUAGCUAGCAUGUACUUGCCCAGAAGUCAUUUCAAGUUCAAGUAUUACAAGUAUUUCAAGUUCUGAGUCAAUAGCCCAUUUGGCCUUUGGCCUUCAUGGGCUAUUGACUCAGAGCCCAUUUGGGCUUGAGGAAUAAUUGUUAAUUGUGUACACUACUGUACCGGCAGUGUGUCUGAAACCGAGGUACAUUUUGGAAACUCGGGAAAUGUCAAUUUUGAGGGGAUAAUGUAACCUAGCUAGCCUUCAUAGGUAUGUCCAAUGAUGUUGGAAAAGUUCCAAAAUAUAGUACAUGAACAAAAUAGUGAGUAAAAAAAUAAUUAUAGGCAAACAGAUAAUUUUUGGAAAUUGUUUAAUAAUUACGGAAUAAUGUUUUUCAGUUUUCAAAAGCGUCUUAGAGGUGAUUAGUAAAUGUUUUUUAUUUUGCUGCAUGUGGUGCUUCUAGCUUCAGAGAUGGACAGAGAAUGCUGUAUGCAACAUUUUGCUUCAGAUAAUGCACUUCGAUUGUACGAAGUAUACAUUACGUAUAAACUUCCCGGCACUACAGAUAUGUUUUAUUUUUAUUUCCUUUACUCUUUGCCGUCAACAGGUUACAUUGUACUGUAUGUUCGUGGCCAUCAUGGCGUUUCACGCCCGUAUCAGUGACCCGCGGGUUGGCGGGACUUACUUGACCCUUUUGAACACAGUAACAAAUCUGGGUGGUAAUUGGUGUCAGACGCUUGCUCUGUGGCUUGUGGAUGGACUCACCUGGUCAAGCUGUGUUGGUGCAUCUAUACCAGGGCUACAUUGUAGCGGNAAAAUAGUGAGUAAAAAAAUAAUUAUAGGCAAACAGAUAAUUUUUGGAAAUUGUUUAAUAAUUACGGAAUAAUGUUUUUCAGUUUUCAAAAGCGUCUUAGAGGUGAUUAGUAAAUGUUUUUUAUUUUGCUGCAUGUGGUGCUUCUAGCUUCAGAGAUGAACAGAGAAUGCUGUAUGCAACAUUUUGCUUCAGAUAAUGCACUUCGAUUGUACGAAGUAUACAUUACGUAUAAACUUCCCGGCACUACAGAUAUGUUUUAUUUUUAUUUCCUUCACUCUUUGCCGUCAACAGGUUACAUUGUACUGUAUGUUCGUGGCCAUCAUGGCGUUUCACGCCCGUAUCAGUGACCCGCGGGUUGGCGGGACGUACUUGACCCUUUUGAACACAGUAACAAAUCUGGGUGGUAAUUGGUGUCAGACGCUUGCUCUGUGGCUUGUGGAUGGACUCACCUGGUCAAGCUGUGUUGGUGCAUCUAUACCAGGGCUACAUUGUAGCGGAAAAAUACAUGCCAAGGUGACUAACUAAUUUCUUUUUUGACAGUGUCGAAACAUUUCUUAGUCAGACAAAGCACAGUAUCACGAGAUCUGCACAAAAAUCAAUGACGUAAUUUGUGUUAAUGGCAACGUUGCUAAAAUUCCCCUUUUUUGUUAAGAGGUAUUUGAUACAUGUAAGUACAUGUAGAAUGAAUCUUUAGAAAAAUAGUUACUGUUGAAUUUUCUAUUAACAAAGACGCAAAAUAGUUUAAAACAACGACAACAACAACAAGAAUUAACAGGACUGGAUCUUGAAAAAGUUAAGCUCACUUAGCAGACUUUCAUCUUCUAUUGAGCACUGUGUGUCUGCCAAAUACUUUCUAAAAACAGUAUUUUUUGCAUUUUUUCUUCUUAUUUUUUAUGAAAACUCUUCUCUUGGUACUUGUUCAUAAUUUCAGCGAACGUAUGACAAGAAUGCCAAGGAUAAUGCCUCUUUCAGUGAAAUGGUAACUCGCUAAUGUCGCGGCAGAUCUCCCUUUACAGAUACUUUAGUUGUAGGUGCCUGCUUCUUUCCCUCUUACUCUGAGGAGAAAAAACAAAAACAAACAAACAAACAAACAAACAAAAGAGCAAACAACGAACAAACCAACAAAAUCAUAAAUGGGAAAGGCUAAUAGAAGAGGAAGUCACGAUGACUGAAUUCUCAUGGUCUAAGUUUACUUUUCAGGACUGUACGAAUGCUGGUGGUGUGUGCCAAAUUUUUGUCGAUGGCUACUAUGUCGAGUCCAUCGUCUGUGUGGUGCUUGGUGUUUUGUGGCUUCGAUGGAAAGGAAAACAAACACGAGCUCUACAAGACUUACCAGAAUCAGUUUGGAGAUACCAGUAAUAUAUAUGAAAAAAUAUAUAUAUUGAAAUGGACAGUGUUACAAGUAAUAAUCCAUUUGUUACCAAAACCGAAGAAUUUCCGACAUGUAUUUCGCGAAAUUAAGUGAAAUUAGAAAUUAUUACGGAAAAAUGCGAGCAGUGCACCUCGCAACAGACUGAACCAAGUUAGUAGUUGUGUCUCAAGUGCAAAACUCCUUGAAACAUAUAUCUUUGCUUCAUUGUUAUUAAAGUAAGAAAGUAAUAUCUAGUGGAAUAUAGACUCUGGUUACACACAUACUCCGU